GCUAACACUGUCGGGUUUGGUUAAACUCGAUGACAAUGUGGGCCAACUCAUCGGACUGUGCCGCCAAUCAGUCGCCACACCGUAGUGUAAGAAAUCUUAAGAAGCCGUCGCCACCGCCACCGCAUGGCUCAGUGCAGGCAUCGGUAUCAAUGCCCACAUAUCACUCAAACGUCUACUCGGAUGCGCCCAAACGUGUCUACCAUAAGCCGCCGCUCACCCAUUACCGUAGUUCGCCGACCACCUGUGUGUCGGGCAGUCCAACCCAUCGCAACAUAUCGGUAUCGCCGGUCUCAUCGUGUGAUAGUCCGACAUUGAUUAGACAUUUUUCGGCCGGCGAUGACUCCAAGCAUUCGAUACACAGGGUUCGGCUCAUCAAAGGUGCCGACGACGAGCCCAACGCUGGCAUCACAUUAUGCGGCGGUCCUGAAGUGGGCCUACAGGGGAUAUACAUAUCCCGCAUACAAGAGGACAGUUUGACUGAAAAGUGUGGUCUCAGACCGGGAGAUCAAAUAUUAUCGGCAAACUAUACGUCCUUUUUAGAUGGCAUGACUUGCAAACAGGCCAUGCGGAUCAUCAUCGAUAAUGAUUGUCUAUUAUUAAAUAUCUGUCCCCGACACGAAGCACUAACACAUCAGCGUCGACACCAUUGUUACGCGUGGAUCGACGUGGAUGGCAGACCCACAUCACCGCCGCCGCCCGAUAGACCUAUCAUUGGCGACACGACACUAAUGGACAGACAAUUAAAUACGAGUCCGUUUCGCCGUAAAUCCCAUAACAGUGCUGUCAAUGAUGUCCGACAAGUGACAAUAAAUAUGGAGAAAGGCAUCAGUUUGGGUCUUAUGAUUAGAGGAGGCAUUGAAUACGGACUCGGCGUUUACGUGACCGGAAUAGACACCAAUUCGUUGGCUGAAAAGGCUGGCCUUAAGGUCGGCGAUCAGAUACUAACCGUCAAUAACUAUGACUUUCGUGAUGUACUGCACGACGAAGCGGUCGAUAUACUAAAAUCGUCGCCAAGACUGACAAUGAAAGUUAAAUUUGUUGGCAAAGCACCGGCCUCUGCAUGCGCUCAGUUAGUUAAGACCUAUGACUUCAAUGACCACCAGACAACCCUCAGCUCAGCACACAUUCCGUCCUCGAGGUGUUCGAUGCGUCGAACCCGACACUCAUCCCAGUCCAGGACCAGUCCGUCGGGCGGACCGCGCUCUACACCAACGCUUGUGAUUACUGAUAACGAUGACUGCGAUGAAGACAUUUUAGACGAGUUGUGCCACAAAUAUCUCAAAGACAACGAACGCAUAACACUUGCCUAUUAUAAGAACGAAUACGAGACCAAAGCCAUGACUAUCGACGCAUUUGUCGCACUUCUGCUCGAACUCUUGGAUACCAACGACAAAUAUUCGCUAAUGAAUCGGAUUCGCAAUAUCAUCCGAGACGACGAUUUGGACAAAUUUGAUGAAUUAAUUUAUAAAAGGGAAGAACAGGCAAUGCUUAAGAGUAAGACUACGCCGGAAGCGAUCAAAUUCAAGCAAAUAAGACAACAGGACUCCAGUGACGGUUCGUUUGACUGUCCAGAUGUUGACCCGACCGACGGCCCAAUCACUCACAACGAAGUGGUAAACGACGAGAACGGCGUUGUUGUCAAUCAUUUAGCCGACAAAUCCAUUGGAAGGUAUUUACCGAUUCCGCAAAACAGAGGCGUCGCUGGAGUAGGAGGUCUUACCGAUGAAAUACAGAGCGAUGACAGCGGCAAUGAGCUCAACAAUUCAGGAUUUGCCAGUCAUCAGCGAUUGUCCCGAAGCGAUAAUCUUAUGUCCCAUCAAUCGGUAAACACUAGUGCGGCCUAUCGGCGGGCAAUGAUGUUGCGGCGGCACAGUAGUAGCGCAUCGGAAGCGCCGCUAAUGGAUACGACCAACGGUACCAAUUAUGGCACACCCGAUGAGCGCCGUUGGAGUAUUGCUGCUCAUGAAGUGCCUCACGAUUAUCAGCAAGUGGGAACUAAUUACGGUGCGGGUGGCUAUCAGAAUAGUGAGAUUCGACCUCCCGGUGCUACGGGUGAUAUUAGAGGCAGUGGUAAUCAUUUACAUGUUCCCGGAGAGGGUGGCGACAAUCCGGCCUUUUUUGGUAUGCAUUCGCGGGUCCGACGGCACCGUUCGCUGCCGAGUCCGACCUUUUCAAACGCCAAGAGUUUGCCGCCGACUCAACAACACAGGAGCUCAUCAUUUAGAUUACCGAGUCAUCGUGCCAUACGUGAACAAAAUGGUCAGUGGAGGGUAUCCGUCAAAAAGUCAAAACCCAUUUUGGGUAUCGCUAUUGAGGGCGGCGUUAAUGUGCCGUCACAACAACAGCCCCGCAUUAUUAGCAUACAUAGCUCCGGUUCGGCCAUCGAGUGUGGAGAUCUACACGUCGGUCAUAUACUGCUUGAAGUGGACGGCCGGUCGACGGCCAACAUGACCCACGAUCAGGUGGCACAGAUGAUAGCACACGCCUACUAUAAUACACAACAUAAAGAUUUUAUUGAAUUUUUGGUCCGCGAAAAAUCCAAACACGAAUUUGACUUAAGAAGAUCGUCGUUCAUGUUAUUGAAUAAUAGUUUUGAAUAA